GCGGUGAACGAGUUCAUGCAACUCUUGAAACAUGGAAUGCUUCCACGUGGCCAAGUGUUCACGAUGAUGAACAAGGAAAUGCGCCACCAAGCUGUGGUGCUUUUCCGUCUUCUGUACAGCGCCAAAACAUUCGACGUGUUCUAUAACACAGCUGUCUGGGCCAGAUUCAACGUAAACGAACAAAUGUACGUGUAUGCGUUAAGCGUAGCCGUGAUCCACCGUCUUGAUACCAGAUUGAUGAAAUUGCCGCCAUUAUACGAGGUGAUGCCACAUUUAUUCUUCAAUGAUGACGUCAUGCAGAGAGCUUACAACAUCGCCAUGGGUGACACAGUUGACAUGAAGAGGACUUAUAACAAUAUCGAUUAUUACUUACUUGCGGCGAAUUACACCGGAUGGUACUUGACCAGACACAACGUACCCGAGCAGAGAUUAAACUACUUCACCGAAGAUGUUGGCCUUAACCAUUUCUACUUCAUGUUCAACCACAAUUUUCCACCUUUCAUGCUUUCAAACUCGCUCAACUUUCCACAAAUUCGCGGUGAAUUCUAUUUCUUCCUCCAUAAGCAGCUAUUGAAUAGAUACUACCUUGAGAGACUUAGUAACGACAUGGGUGAGGUUAGUUACGUGAGCCUAGAUCAUCCCAUACCGACUGGAUACUAUCCCACCAUGAGAUUCCGCAAUGGACUUGCCUUCCCUCAGAGGGAAACUGGUGCUAUGGUUCCACUCCAUAUGCAGAAAUAUGUUCAAAUGAUCCACGAUCUCCAUACCAGAAUCUCAACCGCCAUCGAUCUUGGCUACGUUGUAGACGCGUACGGCAACCACGUCAGCUUGUACACGAAGCAAGGACUGAACGUUCUUGGUAACGUCGUUCAAGGUAACGCAGACAGCGUUAAUGUACAAUUAUACGGACAAUUGGACCAGCUCGUGAGAAAAGUCUUCGGUUUCGGUUACGAAUCCAAUGUCAAAUAUCAAGUCGUACCAUCCGCUCUUCAAAUGUGGUCUACCAGCUUGAGGGAUCCCGUAUUCUUCAGCAUCUACAAGACCAUCGUUGAUUAUUAUCACAAAUACAAAGAGAACCUUCCGAAGUACACCACGGAAGAAUUAAACUUCCCAGGUGUAAGCAUCGAGUCCGUGUCCGUGGACAAACUCACCACUUAUUUUGAUCAUUUCGAGUCCUUGUUAAACAAUGGAGUGUCGGUUCAAAGUCACACAAAAGCCAAGAACACCAUAAUCAAAGCUCGACAAUACAGGCUGAACCACAAACCUUUCACCUAUCACAUCAUCGUGAACAGCGACAAAAACAUCAAAGGUGUAGUCCGUAUCUUCCUUGGACCGAAAUACGACGAGUUCGGUCAUGAAGUUGACCUCGUGCACAAUUAUAUGAACUUCAUGCAGUUGGACGAGUUCGUGGUUAACCUGAAAAGCGGAAGCAACACGAUCGAGAGAAAUAGCCACGAAUCCAUCUUCGUCGUCCCCGACGAAGUUCCCAGUGAUGUGCUGUACAACAGGCUGGUGGUCAGCGAGGACGGUAACGAGUCCUUCAAGUAUUCUUCGCAGCCUUACGGCUUCCCUGAGAGGCUUCUUCUGCCCAAGGGCAAGAAAGAAGGUAUGCCGUACAAUCUGCUCGUGGUCGUUUCGCCAUUCGACGAGUUGAACGUCGUCCAAAUAGACUCCCCUGUAUGGGGCCGCAACAUUUACGACGGACGUCCUAUGGGCUUCCCUCUGGACAAGCCUGUCGAUCCUUUGCUUUUCGCCCUGUCCAAUAUCCACGUCACGGAGGUCCUCGUUCAUCAUAGGGAGAUGGAAGAGUUGAACGUUGCCCUCAUCUCCACUCUCAGAUUCUGUGGUUUUCAUCUUCUCGAAAAUAUGUUUAUACCGUCACAAGUGUGGCUGGUUGGCUUAUUGGCCUUCAGUUUAGUCGGUGCAGAAUAUUACGACACGAAAACAGCGGACAAGGACUUCCUGUUAAAACAGAAGAAGGUGUACAAUCUGCUUUAUCGCAUCGCUCAACCAGCUUUGGCGAACAUUACAUGGUAUAAUGAGGGUCAAGCAUGGAACAUAGAAGCUAACAUUGAUUCGUACACUAAUGCGGCUGCAGUAAAAGAAUUCCUUUCGAUAUACAAACAUGGAAUGCUUCCACGUGGAGAAUUAUUUUCUCUCUAUUAUCCGCAACUUCUUAGGGAAAUGAUAGCUUUGUUCAAAUUGUUUUACCAUGCGAGAGAUUUCGAAAUUUUCUUCAAGACAGCUCUCUGGGCGAAAAAUAACAUAAACGAGGCGCAAUACGUAUACGCUUUGUACAGCGCCGUGAUCAGAAGGCCGGAUACCAAAUUCAUUCAAUUGCCACCAAUCUACGAGAUAUGCCCUUAUUUCUUCUUCAAUUCAGAAGUAUUGCAGAAAGCUAACCACGCUCUGAUUUUUGGGAAAUUAGACACAAAAACAACUGGGGAGUACAAAGAAUACAUAAUUCCAGCAAACUAUUCGGGCUGGUAUCUGAAUCACGAUUACAACUUGGAGAAUAAACUAAAUUACUUUAUCGAAGAUAUCGGGUUGAAUACUUACUACUUCUUUUUGCGUCAAGCAUUCCCAUUCUGGUUACCAUCGAAGGAAUACGAUUUGCCGGAUUAUCGUGGUGAAGAAUACUUAUAUAGCCACAAACUAUUGUUGAACAGAUAUUAUUUAGAAAGGCUUUCCAAUGAUUUACCUUAUCUCGAGGAGUUCGACUGGCAGAAACCAUUCUAUCCUGGUUAUUAUCCUACCAUGACUUAUUCUAAUGGAUUACCAUUCCCCCAAAGGCCGAUCUGGAGCAACUUACCCAUCUACAAAUACAAAUACAUCAGGGAAAUUAUGAACAAGGAAUCGAGAAUAUCGGCAGCAAUCGAUUCUGGUUAUAUUCUGAAUAACGAUGGAAAGUGGCAUAAUAUUUAUAGCGAGAAAGGUUUAAACAUUCUUGGAAAUAUAAUCGAAGGUAAUGCCGAUUCGUACAACAAUGAAUUCUACGGUAGCAUCGAUACCCUCGCGAGGAAAAUCCUUGGUUACAAUUUAGAAGCAGCAAGCAAGUAUCAAAUUGUUCCUAGCGCCUUGGAAAUUUUCUCCACAUCUAUGAAAGAUCCCGCAUUCUAUCGAAUCUAUAAAAGAAUAACUGAUUAUUAUCAUAGCUACAAAAUGCAUCAGAAACCGUACAAUAAAGAUGAAAUUAUUUAUCCCAACUUGAAAAUCGAAUCUUUUACCGUGGAUAAACUGAUUACGUACUUUGAACAAUUUGAUACAACGAUCAACAAUGGAUUGUUACUUGAAGAGCAAAGAAACGAUAAUAAAUUGUUUUUAAUUAAAAUUAGACAGUAUCGUUUAAAUCACAAACCAUUUAACUUCCAUAUUACUAUUAAUUCUGAUAAACCAAUGAAAGCAGUCAUUAGAAUUUUUAUCGGACCAAAAUACGAUUCGCAUCACAAACUGAUCGAAAUUCCAGAAGAUCUGAAAUACUUUUACGAAAUUGACAAUUGGAUGCUAGAUUUGAAUUCCGGUUUGAACAAAAUUACACGUAACAGUUUAGAUUGUUUUUUCACGAUGAAUGAUCUAGAACCGAGCGAGAUAUUCUAUGAAAAGAUCGAAACGUCUCUCAAUAGUGACAAACCAUUCACUUACAAUGAAAGAAUUUUUGGAUUCCCAGGAAGAUUGUUAUUGCCCAGGGGCAAAAAGGAAGGAAUGCCAUUCCAACUGUUUUUAUAUGUUAGUCCAGUCUCUUCGGAAUAUAAUCAAUACAAUUCGAGAAUAUGGGGUGAUUACAAAUUUGACAAGAGACCGUUUGGUUUCCCGUUAGACAAACCUCUUUAUAAUUUCAAUUAUGAUGGGUCUAAUAUGUUGUUCAAAGAUAUUCUUAUUUAUCACAAGGAUGAAUUUGAUAUGAAUAUUACUUAUUAAUUAUUUUCUCUUUUCAUUUGUAUCUUUCGCGUUUAUUUUUAUAAUAUUAUAAUUUUGUAAUAAAUGUUUGCUUCUUUUAUCUCCCAA